GCGUGGAGGCGGCGUCGCGGCCGCUCGACGGCACCUCAGCAGCGCCGCCACAGCGUACCACCAUCGCGCGCAAAGCCCGCACUACACCGCGAAGGCCAGUCUUUCUGCUUCCCGCGUAUCGAACGCUCAGGGAACCGACAUGUGGACUUGCUCCUACCGCCGCGUUGUAAAUCUGUAGUGUCGGGCACUCGACAUUGGCUACGGCAACUUGGAGAUUCGAGUUUCGGACAAAGCGCCAACCCAGCUGUCGUUGUUGAGCCCGCUUUUCAACUUUACGCACUAGCGGCUUAAUUACCAUGGCCGCACUCCUUUUGUUUGGCAACGAGCAUGGCGUUCAUUAAUGUGUAAUAAUUUAUAUGGCAGUUCAUUGCUUACACGAAGUCUACCAAUAUUUCGUUCGCUUCUGAUUGCACGCACCAUGAAAUUAAAAACUGGAAAGCCAUUGGAGUAAGUAGAAGCCUUCAGCACGCGGCGGUACGUCAAGUCAGUGAUGGCGUGCUGGCGAGCUCAUCGCGAACUGCCACCUGCAGAUGCUGUCUCAAAGCCAGCAGAGAAUGCGAACAUCCCUCGCGAUGAUCCACCUAAGGAACAACACCUAGAGAAUUCCCAAGAUAAGGAUCCAAUUCUCAAUUAGACUUAUGACGGAAUACAAUAAUUAAAAUGUGAUUUAGAAAGUUGUAAUCAUGCGUCCAAAAUCAAAAUAUAAGCUUAGUUAUACCGGCCGGCAGCCGAGCUGCCGUUAGGUUAGACUAUGGGGUUGUGAUGUUGCUUAAGGAUAUUUUGCGUGACUUUGUGUGGACUGUAAGAUGUGGGACUUGUGACAAAUAAAGUGGACCACUAUGGGCCAGUAAAGAGGGGCGCUAUGGCGGCUGUCGCCGGCCUCUACGGCCUCGGCGACGACCAGCGCGCGCGGCAUCGGCGCGGUCAGGCCAACGCUGAGCGCUCCGAAUCCAGGGACGACAACACUGAAGCGUCCCUCCCAAAAUUAUGCAGCCAGGAGGAGGAGGCGGGGGGAAGGCCGCCAACAGGGGGUGUAAUAACGUUUGAGCCGAUCCAACAUGAUCACGACUUUUGCGAGAGAGUAGUCAUCAACGUGAGCGGCUUAAAAUUCGAAACCCAGCUAAGGACACUAAAUCAAUUCCCAGAAACCCUUCUGGGAGACCCAACUAGGAGAAUAAGAUACUUCGAUCCUUUACGGAACGAGUAUUUCUUCGACAGGAAUAGACCAUCUUUUGAUGCCAUACUGUAUUAUUACCAAAGUGGUGGGAGAUUACGUCGACCGGUCAAUGUACCCCUCGAUGUAUUCUCUGAGGAAAUAAAGUUUUAUGAACUCGGAGAACAAGCCACUAACAAAUUUCGGGAAGACGAAGGAUUCAUCAAGGAGGAGGAAAAACCACUGCCCUCCAACGAACGCCAGCGCAAGAUCUGGCUGCUGUUCGAAUACCCUGAGAGCUCACAAGCCGCGCGCGUCGUCGCUAUCAUAUCGGUCUUUGUGAUCCUAUUGUCAAUUGUCAUCUUCUGCCUGGAAACCCUUCCAGAAUUCAAACACUACAAGGUCUUCAACACCACGACUAACGGCACUAAAAUCGAGGAAGACGAGGUCCCCGACAUCACCGACCCAUUCUUCCUAAUUGAAACGCUAUGCAUAAUAUGGUUUACGUUCGAGCUAAUAGUACGGUUUUUAGCAUGUCCAAAUAAAUUUAAUUUCUUCCGCGACGUGAUGAACAUUAUAGAUAUAAUAGCUAUAAUCCCUUACUUCAUCACCCUGGCAACUGUGGUCGCGGAAGAAGAAGACACAUUGAACCUCCCUAGAGCUCCGGUGUCGCCUCAAGACAAGUCCACCAACCAAGCCAUGAGCCUCGCCAUCCUGCGCGUGAUCCGUCUCGUACGGGUGUUCCGUAUCUUCAAGCUGUCGCGCCACUCCAAGGGCUUGCAGAUCCUUGGAAGAACUCUCAAAGCAUCAAUGCGUGAACUCGGGCUUUUGAUAUUUUUCUUGUUCAUCGGUGUGGUGCUGUUUUCAUCUGCGGUGUACUUCGCUGAAGCCGGAAGUGAGAACAGCUUCUUCAAAUCCAUACCUGAUGCGUUUUGGUGGGCGGUCGUGACAAUGACGACCGUAGGAUACGGAGACAUGACGCCUGUGGGAGUAUGGGGUAAGAUCGUGGGGUCACUGUGUGCCAUUGCCGGCGUGCUCACCAUUGCCCUGCCCGUGCCAGUCAUCGUGUCCAACUUCAACUACUUCUACCACCGCGAGACCGACCAGGAGGAGAUGCAGUCCCAGAACUUCAACCACGUCACCAGUUGCCCUUAUCUACCUGGUACUAUGGGCGAGCCCUAUUUGAUUUCAGGGCCGAUUCACAAGAAAUCAUCAAUGAGUGAGGACUCGUCCUCGGAAGUGAUGGAGCUGGAGGACUCGCUGGUAACUGAGGGCAACCUGGAACAGAGUCUGCGGAGGCUGCAAGACGAGGAGAAGGUGCUGCGUCGGCGGCAGGCGGCCAUGGAGGCUAACAACACGGACGACAUCGCCGCUCUAGAGAACCAAGACGCUUUGCGACUCAAUCAGAUGAAGCAGCAAGAGAUCCAGAAGCAGGCCCAGCGUCUCCUGCGCCGGCAGGCGGAGCAGGAGCAGGCUGCCGGCGGUACACGACGCGAGCCCCAGCCCCGUGAGGCCCCCGCCCCCCGCCGCCGCGCCGCCUGCACCGUCAGGGUCAACAACCUGCAUUCUGCGGAAGCUAUAGAGACAGACGUCUGACCAGAAGACCAGGCGAGGGAGAGUCCGAGCGCUGACACGGUGUGGCGUGGUCGGCUGCCCGCGCGCUCACCGCCGCCCUGUCACGUGUGACGCGCGUGCACCGCCACCCAACUCCACACCCCCGCCCCACCCCACACACGACAUUCCCUCGACCUAAUCACACCGCUCACAACACUGUGGGCUUUAUUUGAGCUUGCUAUAAAUAAAUACGUCUUUUAAAAAUAAGCUUAUAUAAUAUGUUACGGAUCCAUUGUAAAUGAACUGCUUCUACCAGCUUCAAACACAUUUCGAUUUCAAUACAUGACACCUACAUUUUAAGGUGAUUUUUCGAGACAAAUAAUUCAAAUUAGGCCUACAGUAGUGGGUGUUCGUUCGUGUGGAACACGAACAAUUUUAUAUAACGCUUACCAUUAGUAUAAUAAGCAGUGUGGCGCUAAUACGCCCAAGAAGAAAUCAGCGGAGCGCACGGACGCGCCUCGCCCCCCGGACCAAGACACGGCUCGCGGUUGGCAACCCGCUGCGCGCCCCCUGGCCUACUGCAGCCAGCACAUCAGGUUGCCAACUACACUGAAAACCACAAAACUGUAACGACGUCAGCCAAGACGCUGACGCUUUUCUGACUGGAUGUAUAAAGGUCGGGUUACCGACCGGCAUUUUAUACAUAGUAUGUUAACACAUCCGAUAUAUAAAAAUGUAAAACUAUAAUUAAAAAUAUUUAGUGCAACAGCCUCGGAUUCUCGAAUCGACUUAUUAAUAUAUAAUGAUAUAUCUAGUCAUCGUGUCGUGUAGAGCGUGCGCUUGAUCGGCAGUCUCGCCUCUGACUGCGGUCCAUGUGUCACAGUACUGCGAAAACUUCAUGUCAUACACUUGUACAUAACAACAAACAAUAUAAAUCAUAUAUAAAAACGAUAUAUAUUACUCAGAGUUUCGUAAUAACAGAUCCAUAUCUUGGAGGGUGGUCACUUACUAUAAAGCCAAGAAUACUCAAAGUCAAGCAAUGGAGAAGGCUAGAUUGUUAUAUCUCAACGUAAUCGCAUCAAAAUGAAGAGAUUUGUAGAAGAAUGGAAGUCACCGCCACAACCCGAUAGGUUAGCUCGCUGAAGUGACUGGGCGAGGCGUACGAUUGCAGAAUCGGGACCGUGAACGUAUGUAAUGAGUAAUUUAAUAACAGAACUCAUGGCCAGGGACAACAAAUAUCCAUCUGGUCCCCUACUAUGGGCCUCAUAAGAAUGCUCAAAGUUGCUCUCAGUAGGUAAUGGAAAUAGCUUGCUAAAGUGACGACGGGCGGGGCACAUAACAGAACUAAUGGCCACUAUGACCAGGGACAGAGAGAUUCCAUCUGGUCCCCUACUAUGGACCUCAUAAGAAUGCUCAGAGUUGCUCUCAGUAGACUGAAAAUAGCUUGCUGAAGUGACGAUGGGCGGGGCACAUAACAGAACUAAUGGCCACUAUGACCAGGGACAGAGAGUUUCCAUCUGGUCCCCUACUAUGGACCUCAUAAGAAUGCUCAGAGUUGCUCUCAGUAGACUGAAAAUAGCUUGCUGAAGUGACGACGGGCGGGGCACAUAACAGAACUAAUGGCCACUAUGACCAGGGACAGAGAGUUUCCAUCUGGUCCCCUACUAUGGACCUCAUAAGAAUGCUCAGAGUUGCUCUCAGUAGACUGAAAAUAGCUUGCUGAAGUGACGAUGGGCGGGGCACAUAACAGAACUAAUGGCCACUAUGACCAGGGACAGAGAGUUUCCAUCUGGUCCCCUACUAUGGACCUCAUAAGAAUGCUCAGAGUUGCUCUCAGUAGACUGAAAAUAGCUUGCUGAAGUGACGAUGGGCGGAGCACAUAACAGAACUAAUGGCCACUAUGACCAGGGACAGAGAGUUUCCAUCUGGUCCCCUACUAUGGACCUCAUAAGAAUGCUCAAAGUUGCUCUCAGUAGGUAAUGGAAAUAGCUUGCUGAAGUGACGAUGGGCGGGGCACAUAACAGAACCGAUGGUCUGGAACAGGAAGGUUUCACUUGGUCCCUUACGAUCUUAUAAGAAUGCUCAGUGUUACCCAGCGGACCAGCGGACCAGCGGAAGAAGGCUAAUAUUUGUGUGAACGCAACAAAGUUGAGGUUACCUAACUUGAAAGUGGGCGAGCACGUAUAAUAGCGUUGUAGCAGGAAGAUUCUUAAAUGGUGACCACAUUGGUAUGUGGUCAAAGAGAGAUUAACAAAAAGAAAAAAUACCCACAUACCAACCAAGAGUUAGAAAAAGAAUGUUGUUUAGUACAGAUCUUUAUAAUGCUAAUAGAUGGUACAGUUUAUAAAUUUGUAAAUAACAGUAAAGAACAAGAUCAAUCCAGUACGACACAUUUUAAGAGGCUGACUGCCGAACAGUGACCACGUUAUAGUGUAUACUCGGUGUUCAUUAUACAUAUAUAUUACAGAUAUAAUGUUGUAAGAAGAAAAGAGGAAUUUUGAAGUACUCAGGACUUAAUCGUGUAGCUAUUAAUAUUACAUAUCUUAUAUAGUUUGAAAUAGAGCAGACUGACGCAUAAAAAUGGAACGGAUGUGUAUAUUGCACAGAACAGAUUAAAAUGACAAAAUAUUUUUGAUCCGGUACAAAUAAACGGACAGAUUUAUACUGUCGAUGGUGUGCUAGCAACGUAUAUAACCUGUCGCUUCUGUAUUAAGGCCGGUACCGGCGAUGCACUGGUGCCCAUUGGCUAGAGAAAUACGUGAUCCGAUAUGCCUUGAAACAGGGCUCGAUGUUGCUCUGUAGCCAAUGUAUUAAGCCAUUAAGACACUCAAGACGGGUUAAUAACAUAAGCAAGGAAUUGGAUGAUGUUGCAAGCCUUCUGUUUGCAGAAGGCUACGGUCAGUCUGCCAAUGAGAGUUUUGAAUGUUUGAAUAUGUUAGAUAUAGUGACAAAAGAAAAUUAUAUGUUCUCAUAUCAUUACACAUCUCAUAACGUUUAAUUCGUAUUAAAAUCGUCUAGAAAAGACAUGAUAUUUACGUCGUAUGUGUAGAUUAGUAUAGAUUUAGAGACUAGUGGUAAGUGCGCCCUUUUAUUGGGCGUAGAAUUUGUUUGUCGCCGAAUGCUCAGAUCAGUAGGAUAUGCUGGGGUCGAGGGAUAGAUUUGUACAUAUUGGAACAGAUUGCGAUCAAUGUAUCUCUCGCCUACAUUGAUCACUGGAAAAGUUCAGAAUGCGCCCCAGCAUUAUUAUCAAAUCAUUCCUUCUAAGUCUUAAGGCCUCUUGUACUUACUCGUUCGUCAAGAUAAAGAAUUAAGGCUUUUCUUUCUUCAAAAGAACCAAUCGUGAAGUGAUAUUGGCCGAGUGGUCAAGUGAUGUCAUAGUUGCAGGUUUAAAUAUUGUUACAUUGGCUACCAAUCUAAAGCUAGUUCAUAUUGACCACCAGUCGAUUUCGACCAGAGCUACAGCUCUAAAAGGCAAACCACUCGGCAAUAUUGUCAAAUGUUUUCAAGAAUGUCGUUGUAUGUAUUUCAUUCCACAUAAUGACCACAAUCUUCAGUCACGAUACGACUACAGGACUUCUGUCGCUGUAUCUGCUGACGGUUACGAAUUGCUACCGUGCCAUAACUUGACCAGCCUUUGCAAGAAAACGUCGUGUACGCACUUGAGGCCUUAUACUAUAGUAUAGUAAACAUUGUCGUGUAGUAGCAUAUAGUUAAACGUCGUCGAUUAUAUCACGUACUUUAUGUUCCGUCUGCCACGCUAGCCGAGGCGUGCGUCGUUGCCUGGCUACCAUCCAAGUGUUUAAUUCCCGCAGAGCUUAUCUCUGCUAAAUUAGGAGGAAGAGUGAAAUUGUGGCUGCCAGCUUCUCUUUCCACUCCAGCCUUUCGGUCGUACGACCCCUUCACCUCGAUUUAUACUCUCACUCAACAUUAAAUAUAUCUUUAUAAUCUUUCAUAUUCGACCAACUGGUGUUUUACAUUGAAAUACUGUGAUUUAAACAUUUAGAAUUAUCUUCAAUUUUCCUCUUUACAUUUUGUGGUCCGGUGUGUGGUUUACCACAAGCUGCAUAUAUUAAUCGAUUCACCUAUAUAAUUGGGAUAGAAACUGCUAGAAAAUGUCUGCAGUCAUACGAAACACUGUCAUCGCCGUCAGCAGCACUCUUAGUAGUCUGACAUCAUGAGAUCCCUGAGCAGUCCCCCCACCGCAACCCCUUGUGAUAGUAGGCUCGGUCCAUCAGCAACAAGAGCACACGCUCCCGGGCGAACAUGUCAAUUAAAACAAAUUCAACUCGUAACGCCGCUGGCCUAAUUUGACGACGGCGACGUUGGUCUGCGCCCGAUGUUCCCAGCAUCUUGUUGUGUAGGUUAAGUUAACACCAGAAAACAGGGGUAGUGAAGUAAUGUUUUCUUUGUGAUUAAAUCUAAUCUAGUUAAGGUUGUGUUUCUGUCUGUUCGAGCCGCGGAGCUCUUCCAUGGAAGGAAGCCGAGGUUGUUGACACAAAUAUUACUUACCUAAAUGUAUAUUAUCUGUGUAUUAGAAAUAAAAACAAGAUUACAUUAUUCGGUUGUGUAUAAUAGCGUUCGUUAACUCAAAACGUGUCGUAGUCUCGCCCAUGCCAUUUAAAUUUUUUUAUGAAAAUCAUAUUUUUAUUAAGAUGAGCUUGUCUAAUGUAAAUUUAAGCUGAUAAAAAUAAGUUAUUUGGCGCCUAAUAUUUAUUUAAAUAAAUUAAUUCAGAAACAUAAAAAUAAUGAAGGCAUACCUUACAUCUACGCUGAUUUUAACAGUUUAUUUCCAAUCAAUGUUAUAAUAAUUCACUAUGAUUCGAGUGUCAGUGUAUUGCACUCUAAGUUAACAAUAAUAGAUGAUCUAAGACAGGAGGUUUAAUGAGAAAACUUCCAGUGUACGAUGGACCAUUGAUAGCAUAUGUGUUUCAUAUAUUAUGUAUCUAACUAAAUUUUUCAACACACUUGCAAGCGCGCGUUUUGGAAUAGAUCAGUCGUGUAAUUUAAUAAGAGAUAAUAAUUUUAGCAUUUGCGUUAUGAGAAUUUAUAAGUUAUGGUUUUAAUUACAAAAUUUGUAUUUAAAAAAAUAUUAAUUUGUGAGUUAUUCCUCUCUCAUCCAUUUAAUAGAAAGAUACCGUUUGCCUAUUUUUAUAGUGCCAAUCGAGCAAGUGUCUUGAAUAAUAUAUAUUAUAAAACAUUAGAAUUAGAACAUCGGGCGCUUCUUCGAUAGUAAUUGCUUAACGACCGCUAUGUACUCUGUUCAUUAAGUUUAAAGUGGGUUGUACUAGUCAAAGUUGACCUUAACCUGCACAGAAAACGCAACGUCCAUUUUGUCUAAACGACGGCGGCGCGCGGGUUUGUCAACGUCAAAAUUGAAUAGUGCAACUCAUCCUUAGUGUUGUAUCCCGACGGCACCCGCGAACACGAACUAGGUCGACACGAAGAUGAACUGAUACUAGCAGUGUUGCCAACUAAGCAACUUUUCAACUAAAUCUAGCUAUUUUUUUGGUGACAGACUAUUUCAUGAAACUUAUAGGGGUUAACAUUUUUAACUACUUUUACUACCAACUUUUCAAAUAUCGCAACUAUACAUGUAAUCUAUCGAUAAAAAGUAUUCAAAAUACUAACAGAAAACCUUCAUUAAUUGGAGAGGUACCCUUAGCAGUUCAAAGAAUCGCCAAUAUUCCUAUAUCGGUAGGCUUUCGGUAUGGUAUACGUGGGCGGUUACUGAACCCCAACAAUAGACAUCAUCCUCAGUCACGGGUCGUUUAAGUUUACAUAGUAAUGCCUUUACUUUCUCAAAAAUAUUAAUAUUAAUACAACUAUAUCGUUUAUUUAUUUUUAAUUAAUUUUUGAUUCAAUUACAUAUUUUACAUAUAUUUUUUUGUAACUACCUACAUAUUGUAACAUUUAGCUACCUACUUCUAGCAACUUCUUGGGGUUAAAAAAAACAAGCAAUCUAGCAACUUUUUGGAAAAUGUUUAGCAACUUAGCAACAGAUAUCAGUUGGCAACACCGGACGCUAGUCUUCACAAUGAACUGACUAACGAGACUACUUCUUUCAGUCGUGUCCACCUAGCAGAGUUGCUAUUUUAGAUUUAACGAACGCCCUACGAAGUUGUAUAUUAUACGAUAUAACUAUGAUAUACAUUUAUAGAAAUAAGAUUUACCCUAUAAUGCCAAAAAAAUGUAAGAGACGUCACGUUCAUAAGGCGUAUUAAGGUGAAUCCACACCACACAUCAGGGCCAGGGAUGUGACACGAAUUUGUUUCCUCCGAAGUCUAACUAAAUACAUCGUCUUACAUUUUAUUAUUUAUUGAUAUUUAUUACAUUACAAUUAUUAUUACAGGUUUACAUAGUGCAAACUUUGAACCUACCUAAACUAACCACACAUAACAUUUAAUUACCUUUUGAAAGCACAAGACUCGCUCAUGCACCAUUUUAAUGACACAAUCAAUAAUUUGAAUAUUUAGUAUGUGCUUAAAUGACCGCGUUGAAAAAUCAUCCACACAAAGACGUGCGAGAUUUUUUAUAUAUUUCCCUGCAGCUGCAUUAGUUUUUUGUCUGUUUAAUAAUAAUAGAUUGUCAUGUGGUAUUGUGUGCUCGAAUUGACAUAACAUAAAUAAAAUAGAAGAAAAAGAUCGCAAAUAUAAAAAUACUGACAUGUUUAUUACACAGAUAGCCCACGUCGGGAUUCGUAUGCAUGGUUUCGCCACGGUUUAGUUCCGGCCCUGAUGUUUGGGGAUAAACCAUUAUAAUUUUCAGUAUUAUUAGUUACUACAUCAUGUGCUGUAAGAUCGUGACUAGGGUGCAGUCGUCUAUACCCAUUAUCUAAAUCGAAGGGUUUUUAAUGAUAGUUAAGCCACAUCGAUUUCGCUGCAGAAAUCAUUAAUUUAGUUAAUUUAUUAUGAAUUGUAGGUAGGCUAAUGAUAAGAAAAAAAAAUUGUAAAGAGUCUGAAAAAAAGUCCGAUAUGUCAGACUGUAUGUGAUACAGUCUAAUAAAUUUACAUUAAUUGUAAAUUUGUUUUAAGAUUUAUAGUUAGGGUGAUAUCUGCAACUUUUAGCAUCGUGUGGUAAAUCUAAAUUUUGUUUAGAUAAAGCUUAUUUCUAGGAUUGGAUGUGUCGUAGCGAUUGUGUGAAUUCAGAUGCUUGUGGGAGCGCUUCCAGUCCCGUCGCCGGCCGUCGCGAUUUGCUGCUUUCCGUCGCGCGUCGCCAUAUAUCUCAACAUUUACAAUUUGUUACAUUGUCUUUGUUUACUUAAAUUUUAUCACAUUUAUCUUUCUAAGUUUUUUCAUCACACUUAAUUACUGAUGCUUACUGAGGAGAACGAAAAAAUCGAGCCUUGGCGAGCUUAUUUAUUAGGUAAUGUCCGGCGCAUUCAUAUUCGCAGCUAGCUUAUUUUGCAGUUCUGAAACUAACUACUCCCUUCGGCCGAUGUGUUGAACUAUACGAUGUUAUAUGGAAAAUUUCAUUGAGUUAAAACUGAAAGCACAAAGACAAUGUAACAAGUACUAUUGUACCUAAUCGAUAUAUCCUAGUAUAUAUAUUUUUUUUCAAUUGCCCCUCUCCGUCCAGGUUGAUCGUGUUCGUGUAUAAUUAAAUAUCAUAUUAUAUUAGCGUCGAUUUAAAUAUUUUGAAAAUUAUUAAGUAUUAUAUAUUUUAUAUAUUUCCGGCGGCAUUUUACUAAAGUAUGGUUCAUAAAAAUAUUGAAUUGUCAUUAAUUUUCUAAAUUUCGAAUAAAUAUAGAGUAUAGUAUAUAUAUAUUUAAAAGCCAAAGUGCUUCGUUAUGUUCGGUCGUGGAAGAUCACAUAGACAUAAUCGAUCAGGUUUUGCUAACAAUUUGCUACGAGCUUAACAAUUAUUUGAACUUGAUAAUAUUAACACUACUCGUACUCUAAUUCCAUCACCUAAUGUAAGGAGCAAAUUUUUUAGGUAAAUAAUCCUCUUACAAAUACAUAACAUUAAGGAUUUAUAAUAAUAAGAGCUUUUUGACUAGUAUACUUACAAAAAGAUGAGAUCUUAUGAAAUAAUCAGAAUUUUUCGCGAUAAUUUAUUAUAUUUAAUAUCCAUCCAGUAUUAUUAGAUAAAUAGGGUAAUGGUAAAUGCCAUUUUCUAGACCCUUUAGCGUGUUAAUAUAACAUAGGUUCACUAAUUGGCCAACAGAUAAUUCUUAAGUACAAUUAUGCCUAUCUUUUCUCUAUUAUGGGCCCACCACUCGUGAAUUGUUGUAUUGAAAUAUCUAUGAUGGAACUAUUGAUGGAAGUCCUAAUUAAUAACAAUAUCCGAGGCGCUAUACUUCUUAUUAAGAAGACGUGUGAUCAAGAGCAUAUCUAUAUGCUAGUUUUUCGAUUGAUACGUAAAUGAGUGGAAGCUAGACAAUUAUUACAUUUAAAUAAAUCUAAAAACUUAUUAAAAUAUUUCUUUGACCGGGACUAGAAUCAUGUGUUUUUGAAAAGAUUUUGGAAUAAGACAAUGUAGCUACUAGAGCGAUGAUGAACAUUCAGAGAUAAAAUUUGUUUUUACAUUGAAUGAAAUUUGUUAAUAUCAUGUAGAAAAAAUAUAAUACAAAGACAAUAAAAUCGAAAUUACGAAUUACGUCGAUGUUUAAGACUACGGCGCUAAAUUGGCUUGUUUAGGCUUAAGAGGAAUUCGCGAAAUAUGGUUCCAUUAUCGAUCUCACAAUAAUUUACGAGUUAAAAAGGUUUCUGGAUUCACGGAAUCGGUAAUACUGCGACAUGUAUACAUUAUGUACAUUUAGUAAGAUAUUCCAUUCUUAGUCCUGACAUGAGACGAAAUUAUUAGUUUAAUAACGGACAAUUUAAUUUUAAUUAAUAGACGUAGUUAUAUAAUGUAUAAUCGCAUCGUUGAGUGCUGGGCCCUCAUAAAGGCGCUUGCGUGCGUCGAUAAAUGUAUUAGGUAAAUAUUUGUUGUGAUUGGCAUGCGACGAACGUUAUGAUUUCGUUUUAUUGUAGAAAUUGUUAUUGAUAAGUGAUGUUUUUAAAGGAAAUUUGCAGUAGUGGUCAGCAAAACAGGCAUUUACCAAACCGGCAAAGCCGAGGUUAUUAUUCAGUGUAAAAAUAGCCAAAAUUUCGAACAUAAACAAUGCACUUUUUCCUUAUAAUAUUUAAUAAACCAAAAUAUAAUAUUUGGAGCCACCGCAAUUAGAUGCCACUAAGCCCAGCACCAAAAACUUCGAAAUACGAUUUGCUAGAUUAUCAUAAAGUUAAUUUUGCUGGCCGCUACCACUAAGUGUUUUAUGUCUAUAGAUUAAAAUGUUUACAGCAUUUUCUGUAUCUAUAUAAUUCACAUGGCAGAAAUGCUUAUAUUAAUAAAAUAAUGACAUAUCUUUAAAAAAAUUGCGAUAAAGGUAAUGCUAACGAAGGGCCUACGUACAUAUCUGUAAUUCAAUCUAGGUUUGGUACUGGUAUGCAAAGACAUCGACAUCGGAUUCGAAUAAAAAAGAAAAUAUUAAUGUGUAAAACAUGUGUUCAAGAGAUGAAAUCUCAAAAUGGAGGCGUGGGCUAUUCGUUCAGCAUUAGCAACGCGACACGAAAUCAAUUAUAUUUUUGAAUGUUAUUGCAUAUUAAUUGUAUUGAUGUCGUUAUGUGAGAGGGCCCGUUUGAUCCCGCUGUCAGUGACACUGUAAAUUGUUCAACACAUUCGCAACAUAUAGUGUAAAUAAUUUCCAAAACACAGCCGCUUGCGAUGAAAUAUUUUGAUCUAUUGUAAUAAAGGGAAAGUCAAGAAUAUAAUGAUAAAAUGGCAUACAACCUGAUAUGGUUAUUAUUAAGUAUUCACUUAGACGUGGAUUGUUUUGUGUCGGCCAUUCCGCGGCCGUCGCGCGCAUUACUGUGUAGCAUUUAAAAUAUUCGGCAACAUUUGGCAUAGAUGGUUAUUGGACGUUAGACCCCCUCCUUCUAGGUACUAGUUACGUUGGUGUCUAAAAUAUUGUCAGGAUUUCAGCAGGCCUACCAUCAACUUUUUAAGACUUCAACGGAACGAUUCAAAUGCAGCGCAUUUCAAUUUACCAACCUGAAUUCUGAAAUGUUCUGAAAUGUAUUAAAAUUAAAUAGAAGAUACGAUUUUGAGAUUCUGGUCUGUUUAGGUCUUAAACUGAAUAUGUUUAAGAGAUGAUAGUAAGCCCCCUGGACAUAUAACUAUAGUACUUACAUGUGUUGCACAUAGUUAGACCAUCGCAUUAUAAUCAUAUAACUUUAGCGAGGCGCGUUCUAUGUUAGAUAAGUAUAGUACGUGGCUCAUACAGAAAGAUUGACAGAUAUUGUGAAAUAAUUUAUCACACCAAAAUUUAUUACUUUGGCCUGUGAUACAAUACGAUGUUUUGUAAGUACUAUGAUGAGACGCAAACCAAAAAUAAUACAUUGGUGGCAACUAGCGAAAGGCUACCACCGCGUGAUUUAAAUCUGGUCAGUUUUUAAACGGAGCCACGUUCUGUUCUGCACAUAACGUCAUAUUCAUAUACCUGGCAAUAUUUCGUUAUUCCGUCAGUCAAAUGUUUGUAUGUAUGUAACUUGUCUUAUAUAUGUAUGUUGUUAUUAAAAUGAGUUAAUUUUAACGGACGUUCACACCAAGCACGUCUAUACGUCCAAACCAUUGGGAUUAUAUAAAGACCACUUACAAUUCCCAUUACAAUUUUCCCAUGGUAUGUCUGGAGCUUUUUCAAUUUUUAUACUUAAGUUAACAGCGCUGUGCUGUAAAAUUGUUUCUUUUUUAUUGAGUUGUAAAUCGAAAAAUUGUAUAAAUGAUUCAAUAAAGUAAAACUGAUGUUUCAA